UUUAUGACACUUUCUACAGCUCUUGAGACGCAAAUAAACGAGUUUAUUCAAAAGCUAAAGAGACGUCAAGUUGUUGGCUCUUUCUUUGUUGCAAGAGAAACUGCUAUUAUCCUUCGUCAAGUUGUCUCAACGACUCGCUGGCGUGAUGCUAACGAAUUGAUUGAUGUUAUCACUCGAAUUGGCUCGAAUUUGGCUUCUGCUCAACCCAAUGAAUUCGCUAUUGGCAACAUUGUAAAGCGCGUUUUGAAAGUGAUUCGAGAAGUAUCUCGAGUCGAAAUCAAUAUAGACAAUUCGACAGAGAUAGCUACACCUGAUGAUUCUAGUUUCAGUGAGGAUGAAGGACACUAUCAAUCAGUUCAUAAUAUAAGCGAAGCAAGGCCUGGAUUAUCCACUCAACAAUCCAUGUUUCGGUUAUUAUCAGAUACCCAUCAAAAUAAGACAGAAAAGAAAAUUCAGGACGCUUAUCAUUUAAAGCCUUUGGUUAUCCAAGAAAUCACAGAGGAAAUUAUUGCUGAUCUAGACACAAAAGACACUGCUUCUAUUUACAAGGGAAUUGCAGAUCAAGCGUUGGAUUUUAUUCAUGCAAAUGAAGUUAUUAUGACAAUUGGUAUUUCUAGAACAGUACAGGAGUUCUUGAUGAAAGCAGCACAAAAACGUAAAGUUCAAGUGCUUGUAGCAGAGACUGCACCGACAUAUCAAGGACACAAGAUGGCUUUGUUGUUAUCUCAAGCAGGAAUCGAUACAACUGUCAUUGCUGAUUCUGCUAUUUUUGCUGCCAUGCCCCGAGUAAACAAGGUUGUUUUGGGUGCUCAUGCCGUCCUUGCCAACGGUGCACUUGUCUCUGUUUCGGGCUCUCAUUUAUUAGCAUCAGCUGCUAAACACCAUUCUACACCUGUCUUGGUCUGUACAGCCUUGUACAAGUUAUCUCCUCUAUUUGCUUAUGACGCAGCUGCAUUCAAUAUCACUGUUUCGCCACAGAAUGUUAUGAGUUUUCAGGAAGGUGAUAUUAUUAACAAUGUCACCAUCACAAACCCAUAUUACGAUUACGUUGGACCAGACUAUGUCAGCUUGUUCAUUCAUAAUCUUGGAUCAGCACCACCUACUUAUAUCUAUCGAUUGAUCAACGAUAAUUAUGAUGGAGAAGAUACUACUCUUUAAAUACAG